AUGUCGGACGUUACUACUGAACCAAAGAUUCAGGAAAUCACGGAAGAAGAAGAAGUAGUUCUAGAGAGUUCUAAUGUUGAGAGUGAAAUAAAAGACGAAGACGGUGUAAAGAAUCAAGAGAAUGAAGAGUCAGAAAAAAAAGGCGCUACCGUUGAAUCCGACGAAGACUCAGUUCCUAGUUUAGAGGAGGACGGUGGUAUUCCAGCUGGUGCUGCUCCUGCCGAUAUUGCCAAACUCCAAAGUCGUGGGGAGAAGAAGGCUCGCAAGGCAAUGCAAAAAUUAGGUUUCCUAAGACUAAUACAAUUAAUUACUGAUUUUGAUUCUGCCAAUUCUGAUUGUUACAUUGUGUUUGGUGAAGCUAAAAUUGAAGAUCUUAAUUCUCAAGCUCAAGCCAAUGCUGCUCAACAAUUCCAUGCUGCUGAGGCUGCUGCAGCACAAGAUACCAGUAAGGUCGAAGAUGUUGCUGUCGAAGAAGAUGAGGAAGAAUUGAACAUAGAUGAAUCUAACGUCGAGGCGAAAGACAUCGAGUUGGUCAUGCAACAAGCCAUAUUACGGAUUAUCGCCUUGGCGAUCAAUGUCUCUCGUUCUAAAGCUGUAAAGGCUCUCAAGGAGAAUAAUAACGAUAUCGUUAAUGCUAUCAUG